AUGACGAACAAGUACAGCCAGCGGUCUCUAAUCGUUCUGUCUUUACUGGGGGUUUUAUCGGCCAUCAUGUCCGUUUUAUCGGUCAUUUUGAUUUUCCAGCUCCAGUCUCAACAGGCGUCGGUGAAGGAGUCUCCCCCUUCCACCGCCUCGGUCAUACCCGCUCCUGUCUGGGCCGUCCUGCUGCCGGUCUCCACGGUGCUGUCCGCUCUGUCCCUCACCCUCAAUCUGAGCUCUGUGGUGGUGUGUCUCCUCCACAGCUACUUUUCCACAGAGGUCUGCAGAGGAGAGCAGGACACUGAGAGGGCAGACUGGUUCCUUUUGGACAGCAGAGCUGUACGACAUGUGGCUAUUGGACUGUUCUGCCUGGGGGUCUCUGUCUACCUGGCAGCUAUGUCCAUCUUUAUGCUCCUAAUAUUUGAGGUGGAGACGGGCAUUGCCAGUGCUUGUGUCCUGUCUUCAGGGAUCCUGAUCCUGCUCGUCGUUGUAAUCCACUCUCUGGUCAAAGCUUCCCACAGCGCUAAGCACCACCACAGCGACCACCUUGACACCCUCUACCAUAACGACCACGGAGGCAGCGGCACGCCUGUAUCUCGGCCCUGUGAGCUAAAAAUCGGUGUGGACAAGCCACGCAUGCACCGCAGCCAGUCUCACCUUCAACAUCAGAUAUCCUACCCUCAAUGCAGCAACCCGAGACAGCGAGAACAGUACCAGCAACCACAGUACUCCCCCACGGGGGGUUCACAGGGCCACGCAAGUGAUAAAGACGGCUACAGCACUGGUGGCAGCUGUCCCCGAAUGCACAGGACCCUGUCUACUGAAUCAGGUUUACUGCAGGCCCAGGCUAAACCCUGGAAUGGGGUCAACAACGAGAUGAGGAGUGUCCUUGCACGCAAGUCAGGGAUUUCGGCGAAAGACUCUACUCUUGUGUGACAUGAGCUUGCGGUUUAAGACACUGGUGACUUUUAUGUGUGUCAAAAGAGGGCUGCUAACACAAGCGUCAUCUCAAACAGACGUAACUGUCAGUUUGCAUUAUUUUCCACUCAGCAUGUUUAUCCUGACUGAUGAAAGACAACAGCGGACUGAGAUUGAAAAAACAUACUCCAGUGUACACAUUUAUCAAUUGAUUUCUCCUGUUGGGAUUAUAAAGAAUUUUUAAUUUGAUGAAAACAUAUUGAGCAUAUUUUGUAUAAUUUGUAGUGUUUUGUAUCAAUGAACUUGAUUUAAAUCUCGUUAUACACACCAAUGUCGCCCAAGUAUCAAUCUGGCAAAUCUAUAGCUUUCAUUGUAAUGUAUAUACUUUAUUUCACUGUAUGUGGCAGCUUACUGCCGAAUAUUUGUGCACAAUGUGCAGAUGUGUUUUGUUUUGUUCAAAAUUAUUUCAUAUAAACUUUAAAUUAAUUCUAGAAAAUAUAAUUCAUUUUAAAAGCAGAGUGA